AUCAGUUUCGACUAGUUUCAAAGCACGAUCACUUCUCCCUCAGCCGAACAGGCACUCGUUGUAACGGCUGCUCUACUCAGUUCGGAAGUAAUUAAGUGUGAUCUAUCAGCCCCCGAACGUCGAGUGUCGAGUGCGAACAGGUUUCAAUAAGAUUAUAGAUGCCUUUGUGAUAACAAUGUACCACCAAGUGAUCAGUGUCUGUUUUGUUUUAUCGAUAAUUUUAAGUUGUGUUCUAGGAUUACGAACCCAAGAAUUCCUAGAACAUGUCGCUGGAAUCGACGAUGAAAUUCAUCCACCACCAGUUAGUUCUGUGAAGUCGGAAAAAGCGCGCCAGAAGCGUGUAAUUGCCUCAUCGGACUACGAAAAUACGGCUCAAUUCUGGAAGGUUGGAGCCCAACUGAGACUGAAGGAGCAACUGCUGAAACGCACCAAUCGAAAUGUGGCCAAAAAUGUGAUAUUCUUCCUAGGGGAUGGUAUGUCCAUCCCGACACUGGCCGCCAGCCGUAUGUACCUUGGCCAGAUGGAUGGACAGCCAGGUGAAGAAUCGCGACUUUCCUUCGAGGAGUUUCCUGAUAUUGGGCUAAUCAAGACCUACUGCGUGGACAGACAGGUUGCAGACUCGGCUUGCUCGGCGACCGCUUAUUUGUGCGGGGUCAAGGCCAACUAUGCCACCAUCGGUGUGACGGCUGCGGUAAACUACAACAACUGUGCCGGGAGCAACAACCCCAAGAACCACGUUGAGUCGAUUAUGAGCUGGGCACAGGCAGCCGGCAAGGCUACCGGGAUCGUUACAACCACGCGGGUAACGCACGCAAGCCCGGCAGGAACGUACGCGCACGUGGCUAACCGGGAUUGGGAGUGCGAUGCCGAUGUGUCGUCGAAGCAGGAAGAUCCUACCAAAUGUCAAGACAUUGCUGCCCAGUUAGUAAGGAAUGAUCCGGGAAAGAACUUUAAAGUUAUUUUGGGAGGUGGAAGCCGCAAAUUCAUCCCGAACAGUGUAAAGGACCCGUCGGGGAAAUUCGGUCAACGAUUGGAUGGCGGGAAUCUGAUCUCGGAAUGGUAUUACAGCAAACCGAUCGGUUCAGCAAGAUUUGUCACAAACAGGCAAGAAUUGGUGGGAAUUAAUUUCAACGAAACGGAAUACCUAAUGGGUCUUUUUCAACCAGACCACCUCAAGUAUAACAUGGAUAGUAAUCAUCAAACUGAUCCUUCUUUGAGUGACAUGACUUACGCAGCUAUCAAAACUCUUGAAAAACAUCCUAAGGGUUACGUACUUUUUGUUGAAGGAGGUAAAAUCGAUUUAGCGCAUCAUGAAACGAAGGCAAGAAAAUCUCUAGAUGAAACGGUUCAGUUCUCGGAGGCCGUCUCGUUAGCCACUCAACUGAGCAACCCAGAUGAUACGUUGAUAGUUGUCACGGCUGAUCACUCCCACACAAUGACAUUGGCUGGAUACUCCAAACGUGGUCACGAUGUGUUGGGAGUCAGUACCUCCACUAAACAUAAGAAAACGUACACGACUCUAGCAUAUGCCAAUGGUCCUGGAGGGCCAUCGGUGGAUGAGAGCGGAAAUAUGCUAAAGUUUACCGAGGAGAUGGUAGCAAAUAAGGAGUUUCAGUAUCCGAAACUAGUUCCUAUGAAGUAUGAGACUCACGGUGGAGAUGAUGUUGCACUGUUCGCCUACGGGCCGUGGUCACAUCUUUUCAACGGAAUGUACGAGCAAAAUGUGAUACCGCAUUUGAUCGGGUAUGCGGCAUGCAUCGGGGAUGGAUUGACGGCGUGCAAGAGAUAAUUUUGUUUUUUUACGAUGUGAUUGUGCGUGUGUAUGUUUUUAAUUUGUUGAUACUUUGGUCGAAAAUAUGAUUUCGAGUUUAAAAUAACAA